GGGCAAUGCCCGGCCUGGGGGGGCUUCCCAUCUGGGGGGGCUCGCCCGUGAAGGAGUGGAGGGGGGAGUGUGGAGGGCCCAAGAGGUCAAACGGUCUCUCGCUGGCCAGAGCAGAGGAGCCCUCGCGGGGAGGGCGACGGUUUUCCUGGGCGCACAUUCCUUGCCAGACAUCGGUGGGGAGUCGGGGGGCUCCCCUGCCCCGGUCCAGCCCGGCCCGAGCUCUGGUGGCCGGAGGGGAGGGCCGAGGGCCGGUCCUGCCGGAGCCCAGGCCGGGCAGAGGCGACGCCCCCCUCGGCGUCCCCACCACUGCAACUUCUGCAAAGCGCUCGGCCAACUCCCCGUCCCCCUUUCUCCCCGUCCCCCUUUUCCCCCCUCCUCUCCAAAGCCUCGGCUUUGGGCAGGAGCGCGCCCUGCCACCGACUGGGAAUUCCGGGAGUCCGGAAGUCUGGAUUGGCUGGCUGGCUGGGACCUAGGGAGCAAUUCCCUGGGAUAAAGCGCCGCUAUCUCCCUCUCUUCGCUCCCCGGAGUUAACUUCCCCGGGGCUCCUCGUUCUUUUUUCUUUCCUCUUCAUGUACCGGAUCCCCCGAACACUUGCUCCAUCGGGCUGAUGGUUUUUUAUGGAGUGGUUUUUCUCAGAAAGCAGAGGCUCCACAGGGCUCCUCCAAACAGGAAAAGUAAAUCCCUCCUGCUCGUCAAGUUGCCGGCACAGUGGGAAAGUGCUUUCAUGAGGUAACGUUGGGCCGGAGUCGACCUUUCCCUUCUUCCCUCGGCGAAGCAAUGGGCCAGAAAAUCUCAGGGAGCAUUAAAUCCGUGGAUGUGCGCGAGCCCCCUUUCCGGUCGGUGAAGCGGGACCUGAGGGGGCCCGACUUCUGCAAGCCCGCGAGACUCGACAUGCUGCUGGACAUGCCCCAGGCCCGGCUGGAGAUCCAGUACAAGCACGCCUGGAACAACGAAGACCGGUCCUUGAAUAUCUUUGUCAAGGAAGAAGACAGGCUCACUUUUCACAGGCACCCCGUGGCCCAGAGCACGGAUUGUAUCCGCGGCAAAGUCGGCUACACCAGGGGCUUGCACGUGUGGCAGAUUCACUGGCCCACGCGGCAGCGGGGCACCCACGCCGUGGUGGGCGUGUCCACGGCCGAGGCGCCCUUGCAUUCCGUGGGGUACACGUCUCUGGUCGGCAGCAACAGCGAGUCCUGGGGCUGGGAUCUGGGCCGCAACAAACUCUAUCACAACUGUAAAAACCAACCCGGGGUGACCUAUCCCGUCUUCCUGGAGCCGGACGAGUCGUUCGUGCUCCCGGAUUCCUUACUGGUCGUCUUGGAUAUGGACGAGGGGACGCUCAGUUUCAUAGUUGAUGGGCAGUAUCUUGGAGUGGCCUUCAGGGGACUAAAAGGGAAAAAACUCUACCCGGUGGUGAGUGCAGUCUGGGGACACUGUGAGAUCACAAUGAGAUACAUCAAUGGACUUGAUCCGGAGCCCCUGCCCUUAAUGGACUUGUGCCGAAGAUCAAUUCGCUUUGCCCUUGGCAGAGAACGCCUGCAUGAAAUAGAAUCUCUACCUUUGCCUCAAUCUCUGAAAAAUUAUUUACAAUACCAGUAAGAAGCCUGAAAUCCCCCAGCCUCAGAAUUGGUGAAAUCAAUGCAAAUGGUAGAAAUUAUUGUUUACAUCAAAAUAUGAAUCUUGGUGGACACUUGAGUGCUAUUUAAUUUUAAUAUAUUUGUGUGUUUUUUUCAAAAGUAAGUACAGCAGAACAUUAUGGGAAUUAUUAAAUGUGAAAGAUCUGGAUUUCCUACAGAUUUUAAGAAAACUAUUGGUUGCCAAUCAUGUUCUCCGUGAUAUACUGUAGUAUAGCAGAAGACUUAUUUUGGUGUAUGGUUUGCAAGCAAACAAAAUGAAAAUGGAGGUACCAUCAUAUAAUUGAUGCAAAUUAUUCAAAAUGAUGAAUAAAAUAUUCCAGAAGAUAAAUUUCUCUAUGAUUCUGCAUUUAAGAUCUGCAUUUAAGUGGGUGAUUGUACAGAGCAUCAAAACUGAUUUUAUCGAAGGCAAAAAAAAAAAAAUUGCUUUUGAAUAAUAGAUGAAGAAACCAGAUGGCACAAUGUAUUCCAGUCUCUCCAAGACCAAAUCUGAUUCCUCUAAAGUUCUGUGAUAUGUAAUGAAAACAGUUCAUUAUCUCAAUAUUCCAGGAUACUCUCCUUCUGAAAAAAAAGCUUAUCUCUUAUUUUGUUUGAACAAAGUAUUAUUUUUACUUUAUAUAAAUUCUAAAUUCUUUGUUCCUUUUUUAAUGUAUAUGUGAUAUAUUGUUUAUUUAUCCGGUUAGAUUAUGUGGGGACCUCUUUGUUUUUUGGUUUUUUGAAGCUGUUUUCCAUCCUGGAAGGACUGAAUUUUGAAAUGAGUUAUUCAUUUACAAGCCCAACCCACUUUUACAAGAUGCUGCUUUCUAUUUGCUUUUUCUUACAUGUUUCACGUUAACUGCCUGAUCUAGUUUUUAACUGGAAAUUGUUGCAAUGGCAGGAUGUCAAAUAUUUAGACUGAGCUGCCUUCAGCAUAUUUUAAUGUGAAUUUACUGAUGAAUGAGAAUUUCUAAUAAAGUCUACUGUUCAGUCAAC